UUAUUUAUUUUGAACCACAUUGCAUCAGUCGCUCUAGAGCGACUAUAUAAGAAAACUCAUCAACCGCCGCCUGUACUGAACAAUUGUCUCGUGCAGACUUGAGUUGGCAGGUAAAUAAGUGUGUGCACAGUUCCAGUGAUAAUAAAGAACCGACAAAUUGCAGACGACAAUUGUAGUUUAAUGGUGUGAAUUCUUGGUGAGCAAGCGUGCAAUGAAGAUCACAAAAGAAAUUCUCCUGACACAGCGGGACUCCCUGGAGGAGUUCCUGGGCAGGAGACGGAAACACCGGCUGGAUCAUCUCACGAAGGAGGAGAAAAUAGAGCGAAAAAAGAUGAAGAAUCGCGUGGCCGCGCAAACGUCGCGUGAUCGCAAGAAGAUGAAGAUGGAGAACAUGGAGUUGGCCAUUCAGGUGCUCACGGAGGAGAAUGAGCAACUUCAGGAGCGCAAUGGUGUCCUGGAGGAGCGCCUGAGGGAGCUGGAGAGCCGCUUGGAGGUCACACAGUCGGGAAACGUGCUGGAGAAGGUGAUGGCGCUCAACCUUCUCGUCAUCAGUGCAAUUCUUGUCGUGUGGCUGAGGAAAUCUGCGAUGGAAUCACUGAUGAUGAUUCCAUCGAGAAAAGCCAAAGCGCCGCAGAGAUUUCACCGCAAAACUCUCCUUGUGGCGAUCUGAGGGAAGUGCUGAAGGAGCAUUCGUACAACAAGAACUGCCACGAUGACUAUCUGUCGCCCGACGAUGGAUUCUCCUCCAUCUGCAACUCCCUGUCGCCCCUCUCGGACACAGACUACGACAUGGAUCUGUGGAAUGAGACUCUCUCGGAGCUCUUUCCCUCGCUGGCCUAGGAAACUUGAGUCCAGGAGCUCAGAUCCUGGCCACAACUUCGCACUGAUCUCGAAAGACACUCUAUUGAAUUCCCCCCCAGUGAUGGAAUGUGGUGAAACACAAGCUUUGAAAGAGGAAAUGUGAACCCAAAGUAAUCAGAACUCAUGAACUUCACACAGAAGAAUCGAAAUUAAAGGUCAUUGACGUGGAGAAAGUCGUGAGUGGAAUUAAUUAAGGGCUCAAAUACUGUCUAAUUUUCUUUUUAACCACAUUUUGUAUUACAACUCCUGGCAAAAGAUUAUAUUGUGUCAAAGAAACUAUAUUUAAUUUAUUGACAAAUUACUAUUCUGUAUUUAAUAAAUAAUGUGAAAUGUCUAAGAAGUCAAUAAAAAUUCUACCAAUGA